AUGUCGACAACCGUCGCACUGGGCACGCCCCUGGCAGAGGCCUUGAGCAAUGUAGUGCAGCCAAAACUGGUAGAGAUGGGCUGGAGCUCAGACGUUGGGGAGGACUCCGCGUUGACCGAGUAUGUCAUUCUCAUGUUGGUUAACGGCAAAACCCAAGAACAAAUCGCGGAAGAGAUCGCGAACGACCUCUUGAAUUUAGGAGAGGGCGAUACGCAGGCUCUCGACUUCUCGCGGUGGCUUUUUGAGCAGGUGGAAGUCCUCAAGAAUAAUAGUAAUGGACUAGCGUCCAUCCCGGAUUCAACACCGGCCGCGCCGCAGUCGAUACCGGUUAGCAACGACCUUCAACCGCAAGACCAAUCAGUGCAACAAGAUGCUGAGAUGGGUGACGCUUCAGGUCUUGGGGAUACUAUACCUACAGGACCUCGAGCGAUGCGAAACAACAACCAACGUAACAGGGGGCGUCUACUGAAUCAAAUCAACAAGAACAUGGAACGAGGACCUGAUGCUAUGCUUCAUCGUGUGCGCAACCAGCCUAACAACGGGAGAAUCAACUCUCAUGGCCGGGAUUUCCAGAAGGGCCCACGAGGCCAAUAUGGCGCUGGUCGGUUUGGGCAAGGGAGACAACAAAUGGGCGGAAUGGGAGCAGGCCAAAUGCACGGACCGGGAGCUGGAAAUAUUAUGCAAAUGACCCCCGACAACCAGAUGCAACUCAUGGCUCUUCUUGAAGAACAGGCUAGAAUGAUGUCACAACUCAUGCCAGGCUUCAUGCCACCAGCUGUCAAUCCGAAUUUCCAAAAACAACAACAAGGGCGAUCAUUAUUUGACCGCAUCGAGCGGCCAGCACAGCGACAAGGUGGUGGCGACCUCAAGUCUUGGGGUACUCAGAACGGCGGCUCAACCAAGGUCAAUGAAGAUGCCGAUAUGGAUAUGACAGAGGACCAAGGUACAGCCGAUGGCCAAGCCAACACCGAUAGUGUCUGUCGGUUCAAUCUUCGCUGUACACGAAAAGCCUGUCCCUAUGCCCAUCAAUCGCCAGCAGCUCCCGAGGGUGCCCCUGUUGAUGUUACAGAUCACUGCCCCUUUGGAGCAGCAUGCAAAAACAAGAAAUGUACCGCCCGGCAUCCAUCGCCUGCUGUCAAAGCAUCUCACCAAGCCGAAGAGAUUUGCCGCUUCUUCCCCAACUGCGCUAACCCUCAUUGUCCCUUUAAGCAUCCUACCAUGCCCCUUUGCCGGAACGGAGCUGAUUGUACUGCGGAGGGAUGCAAAUUCACCCAUCUCACCACAGCAUGCAAGUUCAAUCCAUGCAUGAACCCGAAUUGCCCUUACAAACACGCCGAGGGCCAGAAGGGCAACUUUAGCGACAAAGUGUGGAUCGCGGGGCAAGAGAAGGCCCAUGUUAGCGAGAGGAAGUUUGUGGAGGAUGAAAAUGCCGAUGAAGAGCUUAUAAAACCUGAUAUAGCCGCUGAGGGAGCUCAAGCAGAGCAAGUCAUUACCUGA